AUGUCGCUAAACGGCCUGGACGAUCCCAAGGUCGUAGAGGCGCACGAGGCUGGCGUUGCUGAGGCUGGAGGAUGGUUUCUGCUCAAGUAUUCGAGUCGCGACGAGGUCGAGCUGCUGGAAAAGGGAAAUGGGGGCAUCGCCGAGAUGCGAAACGCCAUCGCCGGCUUUGAAGAAGAAAGCCCGUUGUAUGGCUUCUUGCGGUACCGGAGGAGGAACGUCAUUGUCAAGUACCUACCCGAAGAUUGCUCUCGGCUCAUACAAGCGCGAGUCGCCGUGCACUUUGGUGCUGUCUGCGAACGAUUUGCUCCCUACGACACCAUAUACGAAAUCUCCACGGCCGCCGAAUUGAGAGACACGAAGCUAUCUGCUGCCUGUUCCUUGCACGCGGCGUCUGGAUCUACGGCAUCGUCUGUGAGCUCCCGAAGACGACGACUGGGAGAAAUCGCCGAGGAGGACGAAGAAGAGCAACGGUCGCCCAAACGGCAGUCUCUCGAGCUAUCCGACGACGACCGGCCGCGGACACCUGGCAGCCGAUCGACAGCUGCAGAUGAAGUGAAGCUGAACUCUGAGCUGGCAUCCUCCCCGGAGCAUCGCAAAUUCUCAACCUCAAGCACCUCCGAGGUCCCAAAGUUUGUGGGUGUUACCGACAGGCCAGCAUCGCCUACGAGGUCCUUUGACACCACCGACAGCUACAACUACUACCCCCUGAGCAAACCAAAGGUAAAGCUCGCGCCCCGGCCGACGACGGAUGUUACGAUUCGGCCAAAGGCUUCUGGCGAUUUUAGACCCGUUUCAUCUCUACCGGCCGGCAUCAAGUUGUUUGGAAAGAGCGGGAGGAAAGGGCGAGGCAAAGACGACGACGCUGCAUCUUCAAUUCACGAAGACAUCCCAGAGGUGGAGCUGCCCGCCGAUUCUACUACAGGGACUAUACCUGAGAGCUUGAGGCGACCCAGUGGCGACUCGUCACGGCCAUCCACGGGCGCGGCAUCAUCAGCCGAUACGCUGUCUGUGCCGGCGGUGCCAGCCAAGCCUACCAUGACUCCCGAGAAGGCCAGACUCAUGAAGGCUAUGAAGCUGAGGGAGAAGAAAAAGAAGCAGCUGCUGCUGCAGCAGCAGAAGCAGUCUGCGGACGGCGCCGAGUCCGGAGUGGAUACACCGGGCUCCGAAGGCAAGAAGGCGACCACUGAGGAAGAUGAUGGUAAAAAAAAAGACAUGACGCACUCUGAGGAGAUCACUGGGGAGGAUCAUGAGGAGGAUGGUAAUGAUGGGUUGGAGGCGGAGGAGGGAAACACUCAAGAAAAUGAGCAAAAAAAAAAGUCCGACGGAACUGAGGAUGCAGCAACGUCCAUCAGUCAGGCGGACUCCGGCGUCGUCUUGGAUAGUCUCUCGUCGUCUGUGCAAAUAGAUGAAGUUUCUGAGGGCACCCGAUCAGAGUCCCGUCCCCUGAGCCCGGCAGUUGACCCUUCGGAGCACGAUCAAUCAACAACAGCUUCUUCGCUUUCAGAUUCCACCGACGAGACCGUUCAUGCGAAGCGUCCAGAUGAAGUAACCACGGAUGGCGCCAAGGUAGAUGUUGUCACCGCGACAGAUGCUGCUGGCGAGUCUGCUGGCGUCCUUGCCGCAGAGGAAGAUGAGGAGAAUUCGGAGCCAGCUGCUGCUGUCAUCUCCAAUCCCGCUGGCAGCUGGACUGCGUUGGAGCCUGCUGAUGAGAUUGCGGCUGCCGGGGCUGCUAAUAAGGGAUCGGCCAAGGCCGAAAAUGAAAAGGAGAAAAAAGGGAUUGCAGUGCCAAUUUCCAAGUUCUCGGCGCAUAUGCCGAUGUCAAAGGCCCCACCGGCCGCCUUAUUAGAUGGCCUGGGAUCUGGCGCAGGCGAGAUUCCACUCGGUGCGACCCCCGGCGAUGUUGCGCAGGCAACGGACAAAGGGGGACAGGGGCUGGGGUUGGGACUGGGACUGGCUGCUGGCGCUGCUGCUACUGCUGCUGCUGCUCCACCGUCACCGUCCAAAGCGUCGACGCAGGAUCUCGUCGACGCAGCAAACGCCGCCGCCGCCACGCACACAACGGUGGCCACGCCCGCGAUGGAGCUCGAGCUGCAGACGGACCCGUUGCCGUUGCCGGCAGCACACGAGGCAAUUCCUGCAGCAGCGACGGCUAGUGACGCCGCGGCACCUCCCGACGAGCCCAGCGACGCCGACGAGGCCCAGCAGCAGCCCAGCAAGGAGCAUGACCCGGGAGCGCUUCCACGGCCGAUCCGCACGGAUUUGGCGCUCGCGGGCAGCGGCAGCAGCAGCAGCGACCGCGAUGACGAUGCCCUCGUCCAGGAGGCUACUCCCACAGCUCAUCUUCCGGCUGCUCCUCCUCCUCCUCCUCUUCAGGGCCACGACGCAGCGGCGCACAGGCACGACCAGCCAAUGGCGGCCAGCAAAUCUCCGCCCACCCCUGUCUUCCCCAGCGCUCCCAUUGCCAAUGGGCCGCUAGGCGCUCGAGCUCCACCAGCGCACACCGUUCGAACAGUCUCUAAUCCUGUCCGUGGCAACUUCAUCGCUCCGACAGAUGUAACUCAGUCCACGGCGCGUUCUCUGAGUUCCGGCGCAGCUUUCUUACACAAGGUCACGCAGCAGCAGUCGGCCAGCCUCGCCACCAUGAAGCCCAACGUCGGGUCGAGCAUUUCGCAGCGCAUCAAGGCGCUGGAGAAGCUCUCGGCCACAUCGGGCGAUCAGUCCCGGCCCGUCAGUCGAGAGCGGCCGUCGUCGACCUUCUUCGCCGUGCAGAAACGGGACACGUCCAGGCCGCCGUCGGUCGUCGACAGGACCAAGUCGCUGCACGGCAGAGCCGCGUCGCCCACGCCCUCGCACCAGGACGAUGCGCUCGAGGGCAGAGUGCGCCUGCAGAGGUCCGGCUCCGUCGUCAGUCGGGUGUCCAUGUUUGAGCCGCUGGCCGCAGUCGCAUCCUCCGCCGCCUCUGCCUCGAGCCCGCCGCCGCCGGGCCUGGCGCCCGGCACGCAGUCGCGAGGGCGGCCAGAGUCCGUCGCCAUCACCACCAAGUUCGCUGGCUACGAGCUGCCGCCCAAGGACGCCUCCUCAGAGUACGGCGGCUAUCAGUCGCCGCUCACGGCUGACCAGCACCGAGGCGAUGAGGGCUCUGAACGGAGGCCCAGGUCCCUCGAGCGCCGCGGCGAGGACGACAUGGGUAGGCGAUCCUCGCUGAAUGUGGUCAAGGGGUUCUUCAAGGACCCUCGGAAGACGGUCACGGUCUCGACUAACAUGCGCCAUGCCAUAGCUUCUAGGACAACAACUCAGUCGCCCAGCAGCGCAAGCCAUCGCCUGUCGAUGAGCAGCCGCCGCUCCAUCACCUUGGAUCGCGAUGGCUUCGCCAACUCUAGCGUGACUGAAGAUUCCUUUUCCGGCGACGAGAGUUCCCCCUCUGACAGGAAGACGUCGCGCGCCGGGCGCUUCAUGCGCAAGCUGUCCAACCUCUCCAGUGGGUCCAAGAACAAGACGACGUCUCCCUCGCCAGAGGUGACCCGCGGUGCUCAGAAUGCCGCCGCCAGCGUAGGCUCGCCCUCGGGCGAUGCCUCCAUCGUGUCCGAUCUGGGAGACGUCAACGUGCAGUUCCCAGACAGCCUUUUGUGGAAGCGACGCAACCUGUGCCUCGACUCACACGGCUUCAUCAUCCUCAGCGCGCUGCCCGCGCAGAGCAGCCGGAUGGCCCAGGGCACCAAGAAGUACCACAUGGGCGAGUUUCGACAGCCCUACACGCCGGACGUGGAGGUGCAGGAGCUGCCGAACAGCGUAGUCCUGGACUUUGUCGAGGGCACUGGCAUCCAGCUGGCGUGCGAGGAUCGGACCGGACAGCUCAACGUGCUGCAUGUCUUGCAAGCUGCUCAUGCUAACCACAGCCGAUGA